AUGGGUCAAUUACCAAUUCAUCGAGUUACUCCUUUUCGUCCCUUUUUGCAUACCGGUGUUGACUAUGCUGGACCAUUCAUGCUAAAAACUUGGAGAGGACGCAAUGCUCGUGAAUAUAAAGCAUACAUUGCCUUAUUUGUCUGUGAAUCUACGUCAGCUAUUCAUCUAGAACUUGUCACCGAUUAUACAACUAAUGCCUUCAUAGCAGCUUAUAAACGGAGCGGACUCGGAACUUCGAAACCUCUUUUCUUCAACAUCAAACUAGCUUCACUCCUCGCCAAUGACGGUACUCAAUGGUUGUUUAAUCCUCCUUCUGCUCCUCAUUUCGGUGGAAAGUGGGAAUCUGGAGUGAGAUCAACAAAACACCAUCUUUGUAGAGUAAUAGGAGAACAACAACUAACUUACGAAGAAAUAAGUACCUUCCUGACUCAAGUUGAAGCUGUUUUGAACCCAAGGCCUCUUUGUUCGCUCACUAAAGAUCCUGAUGAUCUUUCCGUGCUAACUCCUGGUCAUUUUCUUAUAGGAGGACCACUAAAUAUUGUACCUGAACCUUCUUUAGAAGAUAUUCAAAUAUCUCGUCUUUCUCGAUGGCAGCUUCUGCGACGCAUAACUGAUGAUUUUUGGACUAAGUGGUCUAAAGAAUAUCUUCAAAAGUAUCAACCGAUUUACAAAUGGAAUCAACCAAUGCCUGAAUUCAAACCAGGGUAA